UUUUGAAGUGCAGCUGGGGGGCGGGGGGUGGCUCACCCUGAAUGGAUUUAGCUGCGUCGUGGAAGCUCAGGUUCCUAGACCAGGGCACAAAAACAAAUCGAAAAGGCAGUUUCCGAAAGAUUGGAAAACAGCUAAUUUUGCAGGUGCUUCGGCGUCAGUGGUAGCAAUGAAUGUAACAUCCACACCGCGGGGGGAAAAGGUUUGAUUGCAGAUGAAACGGGUAAUACACUACAAGAAAUCCACAGCGAAAUUCUUGAAACAGGACAUUUAAAUUCACUGCCCGGGUGGGGUGGGGAGCGGGAUCGGAAACGACGCUUGUGGUUUUUAAAUGCGUUUUUACUUGGGAAAGCCGGGCGGGGAGAGGAAAGGUCAUCGUCUGUUUAAUUUCCAGCCCCAGCCCUGGACUUCCAGCGUUAGCUCGCCGGGCCUCAGCUGUCGUACACACACGGCGAGGGGGGAGGGGAGGGCGGAGGCGCGGAGGAGGGGCCGACUGGGAGGAAUCUGGGCGUCCUGCCGCGCAUGCGCCUUUCCCGAGCAACAAGUGGGCUCCACAGACAGAGGAAGUGUAAAGGGGAGGGGGGAGAACUGGUGCAGAGCAUGGCGGUGACGUCAGCGCUCCGCCCGGGCGGCAUCCCGCGCGGCCAAGCCGGGGACAGCGCGAGCCGCAGCGCGAGCGGGAGCGCCGAGACGCGCCUCCGGAACGUAGAGUAACAAUCACAACCCCACAUUCCGGGCGAGUGCGAGCGGGAAGGGAUGCGACCCGGGCCGAGGCGCCGCGCGAGCGCCCUGCAGCCAACGUGAGCGCCGCCAGCCGCGGCGGCCCGGGCGCCGGCCAGGCCGGGGGGCGGCGGGAGCCUGCGUGCGUGCGUUCCUCUCCUCUGCUCUCGUGCGUCCUGGAAGCGGUGGCCGCGGCGGCUCCCUCCGGCCGUGCAAACCCAGCCGCCGCCAGCGGAACGGCCGACGCUGCGGAGGAGAGAAGCUCCUCUCUCGGCUACCACCCCCUCCCUCCCCCGGCCCUCCACGGAAGCAACGGCUUGAGCAAGAUUGGACCCGGGCACCGGGUGGCACUGAACCCUCUAGCCCUCGGCCCAGGGAGCCUGGCGGGGAGAGGACGCCCCUCGUAGGGGGGCCCCCGGGGGAGAGGAAGAGACAACCCCCCUCGAGCUUCCACGCACCAGCCGCUCCGGGGAGGGGGCCAAGAGCCAACGGCGGCCAGCACCGGGCACCCUCGCCCCCUCCCCCCGGGCCCAGAGCUUCCAGCUCGGGUCCGCGGCACCAGGAAGAAGGCGCCUGAGCUCCCCUCUCGACGAGACAACCGCAGUAGGAGGUGGGGGCGACGAGCGGGCUGAACUCGACUGCCGCCCGGGCGGUGGAGCCCCCGCGGAGAGGCGCUGCGCCGGCGGUGGAGACUCGCGCUCCCUCCAGCCCCUGGGGCAGAACUUUCUCGCCCCCCCUCCCUCCCCCGCAGCCGAACUCCCUCCCCAGCCGGCCAGUCCUCCCGGAGGAGAAGGCGCCGCGGAGACAGCCCGGGCGGGGGCCUACCUUCCCCAGGGCCGGCAUCAUGUCGGCGGCGCAGGUGUCCUCGUCCCGGAGACAGUCUUGCUACCUGUGCGACCUGCCCCGCAUGCCCUGGGCCAUGAUCUGGGACUUCUCGGAACCCGUAUGCCGCGGUUGCGUCAACUACGAGGGUGCCGAUCGCAUCGAGUUCGUGAUCGAGACCGCGCGCCAGCUUAAGCGGGCACACGGCUGCUUCCAGGACGGCCGCUCCCCCGGGCCGCCGCCACCCGUCGGGGUCAAGACGGUGGCCCUGUCGGCUAAGGAGGCGGCGGCGGCAGCAGCGGCGGCAGCGGCGGCCGCACAGCAGCAGCAACAGCAGCAGCAGCAACAGCAGCAGCAGCAACAACAGCUCAACCACGUCGAUGGUUCCAGCAAGCCCGCGGUGCUGGCGGCCCCGUCCGGUCUGGAGCGCUAUGGCCUGAGCGCAGCCGCCGCUGCCGCCGCCGCCGCCGUGGAGCAGCGCAGCCGCUUCGAGUACCCGCCACCGCCGGUGAGCCUGGGAAGCAGCAGCCACGCCGCGCGGCUGCCCAACGGCUUGGGGGGGCCCAACGGCUUCCCCAAGCCGACACCGGAGGAGGGCCCCCCGGAGCUGAACCGCCAGAGCCCCAACUCGUCUUCAGCUGCGGCGUCGGUGGCGUCUCGGCGCGGGACGCACGGUGGGCUCGUGACAGGCCUGCCCAACCCGGGGGGUGGCGGAGGCCCCCAGCUCACCGUGCCCCCCAACCUGCUGCCGCAGACGCUGCUUAACGGCCCGGCCAGCGCCGCCGUGCUGCCCCCACCGCCGCCCCACGGCCUGGGCAGCCGUGGGCCCCCGACGCCGGCACCCCCAGGGGCCCCCGGAGGUCCCGCUUGUCUCGGGGGCGCUCCGGGCGUAUCGGCCGCGUCGUCCUCGGCGUCGUCUUCGACCUCGUCGUCGGUGGCCGAGGUGGGCGUGGGUGCUAGUGGCAAAAGGCCCGGCUCAGUGUCGAGCACCGACCAGGAGCGCGAGCUGAAGGAGAAACAGCGGAACGCCGAGGCCCUGGCCGAGCUGAGCGAGAGCCUGCGCAACCGCGCCGAGGAGUGGGCCAACAAGCCCAAGAUGGUCCGCGACACGCUGCUCACGCUAGCUGGCUGCACGCCCUACGAGGUGCGUUUCAAGAAGGACCACUCGUUGCUGGGCCGCGUCUUCGCCUUCGACGCAGUCUCCAAGCCCGGCAUGGACUACGAAUUGAAGCUGUUCAUUGAGUACCCCACGGGCUCGGGGAACGUGUACUCUAGUGCAUCUGGGGUGGCCAAGCAGAUGUACCAGGACUGUAUGAAGGACUUCGGCCGGGGUCUCUCCUCGGGCUUCAAGUAUCUGGAGUACGAGAAGAAGCACGGCUCCGGGGACUGGCGCCUACUUGGAGACCUGCUGCCCGAGGCCGUGCGCUUCUUCAAGGAGGGCGUGCCCGGCGCCGAUAUGCUGCCCCAGCCCUACCUGGACGCCAGCUGCCCUAUGCUGCCCACGGCGCUGGUGAGUCUAAGCCGCGCCCCCAGCGCACCCCCGGGGACCGGGGCCCUGCCGCCCGCCGCCCCCUCGGGCCGGGGCGCCGCCGCCAGCCUGCGCAAGAGGAAGGCGUCUCCCGAGCCCCCAGACUCGGCCGAGGGCGCGCUGAAGCUGGGCGAGGAGCAGCAGAGGCAGCAGUGGAUGGCGAACCAGAGCGAGGCACUGAAGCUCACCAUGUCAGCAGGGGGCUUUGCGGCGCCGGGGCAUGCGGCCGGCGGCCCGCCCCCGCCGCCGCCUCCACCCCUGGGACCCCAUUCCAACCGGACCACCCCGCCCGAGUCAGCCCCUCAGAAUGGUCCGUCCCCCAUGGCCGCCCUCAUGUCGGUGGCAGACACUCUGGGCACAGCGCACUCUCCCAAGGACGGCAGUUCCGUGCACUCCACCACUGCGUCCGCGCGGCGCAACAGCAGCAGCCCAGUGUCGCCGGCCUCCGUGCCCGGGCAGCGCCGUUUGGCAUCACGGAACGGGGACCUGAAUUUACAGGUGGCGCCCCCGCCGCCUAGCACCCACCCGGGUAUGGACCAAGUGCACCCCCAAAACAUUCCGGAUUCCCCCAUGGCUAACAGCGGGCCCCUCUGCUGUACCAUUUGCCACGAACGUUUGGAGGACACGCAUUUCGUUCAGUGCCCAUCCGUCCCCAGCCACAAAUUCUGCUUCCCUUGCUCUAGAGAGAGCAUCAAGGCCCAGGGGGCCACCGGCGAGGUGUAUUGCCCCAGCGGAGAGAAAUGCCCCCUCGUGGGGUCAAAUGUACCUUGGGCCUUCAUGCAGGGCGAAAUCGCGACGAUCUUAGCUGGGGAUGUUAAAGUGAAAAAGGAGAGAGACCCUUGAAACCAGGAGACAGUCGCCUCCUUUGCCCCAGACCAGCUCUUCUCCAUCCAGAGGGCCCCUCCCCCACCCACAUCGGCCUUCCUUUCCCUGCCCCCAAGAUGUAGAAUUGUGAAUAUUACAAACUGCAAAAAGUUAGUCUUAUGUAUAGACAUUAUUUUCGUCGUAUGUUUCUAUAUUUUGAAACAAAGGUAUGUAACUUCUUCAUUUGAAGGAUAAGCUGGUUUGUGUUAAGCAGUAUAAUAUUGGUUGGGUCAUUUGCAUCAUAUUCGUUAGCAUCUCUUUGGUGGCAGAGUGUUUGCCUAGGUACAGAAUUAAUAGCCCUUAGCAACGACUGCUGCUGGUGUGUAUUUUUGUAAAUGUUAUGCACUCUCUGAAAGGAAAAGGACACACACAAAAGAAAAUGACUUUUUUGUUUUUGGCCAAGGCCAGUGUUGCUGCCUAAAAAAAAAAAAUGAUGCUAUGAAAUGGUGACAGCUUCUUUCUAAACAGCCCCAAGUGUUGAAGUCUUCACUUUAUUUUGUUCUGUUCUGUUUUGUUUUGUUUUUCUGUUUUGUUUGCAAAAUGGUAAGGGGAGGUGUUGGGGGGGUGGGGUGUUUUCUGUUGCAAGUUUGUGAGGGAAGAUGUUUCGGUUUGUUUCUACUGACCUGAAUGUGUUGGAUCUUCACGUGUUGUUUUGUUUUUGCUUUAUCGAUGCACGGAUGCUUUUGAACAGUAGAGCGAAAUGCUAGACAUGGAGAAUCUGCUCUGUUUGUCCUUUAUACAUUUCUGUAGUUAACAGAACACUGUAAUGUGCCUUGGAGCUUAGUAACUUGUAAUAAAUUCAAUUGAUAUUAA